AUGUUAUCUCACGGCGCUCGAGAAGGCUUUGAGGUGUUCAUCGAAUCUCAAGAAGGAAGAAAUCCUCUAGUGGAAUAUCAAGUAAGAAACAUUAAAGGGUCCUUCCCAGCUUCCGAAUGCUAUAUCGAGGUUAUUCCUGGGCCUUUUGCCAUCGUUACCGAGAAGCUCGACUCAUUACCAUAUCCUGAUAACGAUUGGAAAUGCCGGUAUUUUGUAGAUGAUCAACUCAUGGCUGAAUAUGCACUUAUGAGGAAUGUUGGAUCCAACGUUGUAGAUGAAAUUUAUGAGGAGGAAGAUGAUCAGUUGUAUAGCAGAAAGUUGAAGUUCCUUCCAGCCAAAACUACUGAUAAACCAGAGGAGAUCAAACCUGGUUCGAAGGUUUUUAGUAGAGUUGGUACCAUAGAAGUGAUGAUACAUAGAGGUGCUUAUAGGGAGAUCAGCACUGAUCUUUACCAAUCUCCUGAAAUUAAGGAUUGUACGAUGGAUGAGAAGGAAAAGAAGAUGGCUUUCACAAUCGGGACAAGUGAAAGGGUGCCAGUGGAAGAUAUAGAAGUCCCUUCGUACGAUUUCGUUCCGAGGAAGAAAGGUGACAAGUUCUACAAGUUCAUCUUCAAGUAUUUCCAAUCCGUUGAUUUCCGCCAUUGGGCAGAGGAUGCGGAGACACAACCGUCAUCCACAUCCGUCCAGCCCCGGGAGUCCGAAGACAGCCAGAACGUUGAUAGAGAAGCGCAAAAGCCUCAUUAUCUCGAGGACUCACUGGCAAAAUCAAACGCUACGAACAAACGACUUCGAGCAGGUCGACCAAUUGAGGAGGAUGUUAUUAAUCUCACAGAGAUGGAUGAUGAUGAGGAUCAGGAUUAA